AAAUGUUCGUUGCAAUUGAAUCAAAUAUUUUUUUUACGUAUUUACGAUACCCUAAAACGUCACGGAGUUGUGGACUGUACCAUAAUUUAUUAGGAAAGCGGGGGUGUUUGUAAUGGCGAUAUGGUAAUAUUGUAAAGUAUUGGGUGACUACGGUACUUACUUGUAGGAUAUUAAACGGUUAUAAUAAAGAUGUACAUAGAAAAAUUAUAGUUUAUACUUUAUAAUUAAAGAUUACACAAAUGCGUCCUUGUUCACGACUUGGAAACGCCAUCCCGGAAUUGCCUGUGUGUGUUGUUGUUGUGUAAUACUUGCUGUCAUGAUGGCGGAUUUGGGAGGAGGUUUAGAUAAGUUAUCUGCGUCAAACUCUAUGGAUAAAACCAAUAUAAUUGCUCCAAAACUCAGGACUGGGACAGACAUGGCCGCCACAAAAACAAGGAACCCUGGUCAUAAUUCGGAAAGUAAAAAAGGCCCGGACAGUCAUGCGACCGCCUCGGAAUACUGCGGGAAGGUACAGGAGUGGAUGUGGCAGUACUACGGAUAUAUGAACUGGCAAAACUGGAUGGCGAUGUCUAUUUCCCCCUUUCCUCCUUGUUAUUCUUCGUACCCAGCAGCAACCCAGAACGGGGCCACGCCAGCUUGGCAAGUUGGUCAAUCUGUCCAGGAUGUUCGGGUUUGGUAUAAUAAUAAUAUCAAUCAGUUCCCCUUUCCUGUCCCACCUUAUUUUGUGCCUCCCCCGGUUGCAGUCGCCGGUUCUCAGGGACAGGUAGCUGCUGGAACAACCCCUAUGUCUGCAAGACCAGUGCAGCAGCUGCAUGGAAAUGUACAGCAAGCAGGUCGCGAAUAUACAAUUCCUUCACCAUUACACAGAUUCCUAGCUGAAAUAGUAGACUUCUUCAUCCUUUUCUUCAUAAAGGCGUCCAUUGUUUUAAGUAUCAUGCACUUCAGUGGAAUGAAGGACAUUUCCAAGUUUGCCAUGAAUUACAUUGUUGAGGAAAUCGAUGAAGACACUUCCAUGGAAGAGUUGCAGAAAAUGAUGAUUGUAGCUCUGGUCUACAGGGUGUUAGUUUGCUUUUAUGAGAUAAUUUGCAUCUGGGGAGCAGGCGGAGCCACUCCAGGCAAGUUUCUGCUUGGCCUUCGGGUUGUCACUUGUGACACGUCGGUGCUUGUCCGACAGGACCGGGUGAUUGUGAUGCCUGCAUCAAAUGUCAGCCUGUCAGCGUCUACGGUGCGAGCGCUGAACAAAAACUUCUCCAUUGCCUUCUUCUUUCCUGCUUUCAUCACGCUACUGUUUUUCCAGCACAACCGAACAGUCUACGACAUUGUGGCUGGGACGAUCGUGGUGAAACGAAAUGGGGCCAGAUGAUGAGAUAUGGAUCCAGCCAUUAAGCUAGUGAGGUUUAUGGUACCCCCACCAAAUUUGAAAUUCAGUAUGGACAGCAACCUGUAGGAGGAGAAGAGGAAGGUCCUGGAAAAAAAAGAUGCUGAAAACUAACAAAAAACAAAAGAAAAUAAAUUAGAGUAACAGAGAUGACAUCCUUUUGAGACUGAAGAGCUUUUGAUGCUAAUUUAGAUGCAGUGCCUAAAUGUGGAAUAAUGUUGCUGCUGCUCCUUCAGAAUCUGCUCUUUCUCAAUUUAUUUCAAGAAAGACAUAAAAUUGUAUUUCACAUGUUAAUCUUUACUGCCUUUAAUAUGAUUAAAUUGCAUACAAGAUAUACAAUCGCACUUCCCUGUUUCCAUCAGUUUAAUUUGUGAUGGGCAAAACAGGUGGUUGUCAGGUUCUUUUGUAUCCAGUAUGACACAAAUUCAUAUUUUCCAAAGAACAUUCUCAAGAACUUGCUUGCUGCAGUUUGCCAUACCUAAGUUCCCUUUUGAGAAACUUGAGGUUGUAAAUGGUCACGUAUACAUCCAGAACAAUUGAAACACCUAACAGACUUGUCACAUUGAAUUAGUCGCUCUCGCAGCCCUUGGGGCAGUUGUAUGCCUGGUUUCUAGCUUAUUGUUUAAAGCUUGUAUGUGUACAGUUUCAGCCUGUAAUCGAAAUAGGUAAAACCAAAGUGCAAGCAGUUGGAAGGAACAUUUUCAAACCAGCCAUAAGACUGAAGUUGGUUUCAAAGAUCUUCAAAUUCUGAGCCAUCAGUGUUGCAUGUAGUCUUCCCUUUUAAGAACAGACUUUUAAUGAAAUACAUGUCUGUGAUUGCUGUUGCGCAAUAAGAAUGGAUAUGAUCAGAACAUGACAAUACAAGGCAAGGGAAAUUUAGCUUAAGAAUAGAAUUGCACCAAAUUGUUAUUCAUUUAGAUACAAGUUUUAGUGUUGUAUAUUUUUAAAUAUUAGAAUAUCUUUAAUGACAAGGCAGCUUGUUUAAAUUUUUGAUUGUGGUUUGGGUUUGUCUAAAACUACUCUGUUUUGAUUACAAGUUGGUAUUUGAAUAGAAAUUUCUUGUGUGAUUUAUUCAUUGUCGAUUUUAAAGAAUUGUUCUUAGUAAACACAUCUAAUCUGACUUAAAUUAAUUAUAACAAAGUUAUAUCCUACAAUAAAGAACAGUUCUAUUUGCAAACACCUAAAGUAAAGUUGUCUUUGUGAUAUUGUAGCGAUUUGAUAUUGCAGCGAUUUCCUAAAACAUUUCAGCAAUAUUUUUUCAUUUAUUAUAAUUAAAUUUACAGAAUUGAAUUAUAAUAUAUACACUGUUGCAUUCUUUUUAGUACCGAUCAUGUUAUAUUUUUUGAUGGUCUUUUGAUUUCAGUAACAAACACCCAAAUCACGUUUUUGAACAAUUGAAGCUUAUUAUGUUUGCCAUUACCCAAAAGAGACAUCAGCUACUACACUGCUUUCAUUAAUAUAUAUAUAUAUAUAUAUAUAUAUAUAUAUAUAUAUAUAUAUAUAUAUAUAUAUAUAUAUUACAUAUAUAUAUAAAAGGAAUCUUAUAUGCAAAAAUGACCUGUUUUACAAACAUACAAAAUAGCUUUGUACAAACCUUUUGAUAAUUGCUGCAAUGAUUUGUCACAUAGACACGGUAGAGCUACAGGGCUAGGUUAGUUUCAGCAUUGCAUUGUAUUGUACAGUAUAUGCAAACCUCAUACAUUUAGCUUUUGAAGCAUAACAGGACUGAACACCAGUCAGGGUCAUUUGUAAAGCUUUAAAAAAACAAAAAACUCAGCCAUUCAAUGUUAGAAUUUCAGUUUAGUGAUUUUUUUUUCUUCUUAGGUUGAUUAAAAAUGAACUAAACUAAACUUUAGAUUUGAACAUUGAUCAAAUGUCAUUAUGACUUUGUCAUAGUACAUGUAAAAGAUGAACCUUGACUUGCUUCAGUUAAUUUAACAAAGUGGGAAAGCUGCAGUCUUGUAGUAAACAUAAUAUGACCAAACAUUUGCAGUUAACACAAUGAGGUAUAUUCAAUGCAGCUAAACCGUGGGAGAGUUAAAUACUAAAUUAGGAUCAAACCUGUAAUUGGACUUUUAAAACAAACAUACAUUUAAGAGGCUCAUGCACACUGUUACAGAUGUUGGUUUUCUCAAAACUCAUUCUUUUAAUGAUUUAAACAACUGCAGUAUUUAGAUUCAUCACCGUUCAGAUCAAUUUAAUAAACUCCAAUAUGUAGUCCAAAAACAAAAACCUGGUCAUCUUUGUUAUGUAAUUUAUUUUAACAGUUCAUAUUGACUUUUCUUUUUAUUAUUUUAAAACAGCAUAAAGCUAAGACAUGGGAAUGGUUUAUACAAGAACUGCUUUAAAUACAGAGUACAUCAACCACCUAGCAUUCAUGUAUUUUGUAUUCAAUUUUAGAAGUAAACUAUUUCCAAGUUCUGGAUUUGAGGUGGACAUUUUGUGUGUAUAUGUAUGUGUGCGUAUAUAAUUUUUUUUUCAGGAAUAAAAACUCAGACCAGCAGCACAAUGUUUAUAUUGGACAGCCUAUACAGUAUGAUGGUAUUCAAACUGCAUGCAUUGCAAUAAUCAACAAAUGUGUUUUUGAAUCUUGUAUGAAAAUACAGUAUUACUUACAGUAUUAAUAUGUUUUAGAUUUAAAUUUGAGUUGAUGGUAUUUUAUGAAAUAUUAAAGCAUAUGUUAACACUG